AUGCCGUUCUUCUCAAAGGUCUUCAAGCCCAAGGAUGGCUCCAAGGCCUCCAAGAAGCAUGCUCAAAACACAAACGGUGAUGCGGUCGCGCCUCCGAAGCCGCGCUGGGAGGAGGCUUGGUCGCGCACAGAGGUUGCGCCCGAGGAGGUCCAGGAACUCAUACACAUCUGUACUCAAGAACUCAAGUCGAGAGCGCUGGAUACGCCCUUCCUUUUGUUACCCUUCCGCCCUGGAUCAGACUCGGCAACCGCUCGUAGUUUCAUAAAGAGUUUCUUCAAGGAUAGCUAUGAGGGUGGAACGGCAUACCGUGGUCAACGCCUCCAGUCCGAGCUGCGCUUGACUGAGCCGAUGGUCCUCUGUAGCAUCAUGAAAUGGUGCUGGAGUAGGUUGCCAGGGGGCGUCGUCACUUGGGAGGCGUACGAGCUUUUUAGGGUUGGAGAGCAGGACUCCGGAAUGGCCAAGCAUGCCUUUGACACCUUUAUCCCGCUGAGCGUGGAUUCGGAGUCGCGCAAGCAGAUCAUAACCGAUUUCUUCGAUCUUCUAGCCGCGAUCGCCGCGCGCGGCAAGACAAACGGUCUCGGCGGUCGUAAACUCUCGAGAAUGGCCGGUUGGUGGGCUUUUGAGCAUACCGACACUGGAAAUGGUUUCGAUGGAGGAUACAAGUCAUGGGCGAGUGCCGCCGAUGCAACGAGUCAUUUGUUCUUUGCCUACCUUCGCUGUCUCGCUCCCGAUAGCAAGGGUAUGGUCGGCAUUGAUACCCUUCCCCGUUCCCUCCAGGCUCUCGUGUCACAGACGGAAUAUCCCCCCGAACCUCCGUCUUUGAUGCAGACGAGAACCACCAAAGUUGUCAUGAUUGUUAACUCGGUGUCUCCGACGCCAUUCGCUCUCUUGCGUCGUGCGAGAAACUUUGAGUAUAGGGAAGACGACGAAGCUCUUCAGCGGUUUUCCACAUAUGAAGACCCUAUUCAGGCUCUUACUGACGAGUGUUGUCGAGUUCUCAACGCCAUUUCCUCAAUUAAUCAAUCUAGCAACGCCGACGGUACCACGGACCCGUCUUGGUCGCGCUUCGAGGAUCUAGGCUUCGGGUUCCUGGAUGGACUGGCCUCCGAACCCACCAGCCCCACUAACCUAACGCCUACUCAUACCAGAGAAGGAUUGAAAUCCGCGCCCCGCUCGCGGGCCGACAUGGGGCGACCCACCACUCCGUCGUGGGCUGACUUUUUGUCUACCGGCUUUGUGGAUGAUGGUCGUAGCGCCCCACCUCCCGUGCUUCUUCCGCCGGACAAGAUCCUUCCUCCGAUUGGUGAUCUCACCCGUGUGCAUAGCUCGCAGUCGCAUUUGCGGAACACCGAAGAAAAUGGCCUGGAGCCCGGAGAGCUGGCCAGCAUCACUCAAUUCGAGCUCGAUGAAACCUUCUGGUGGGUUUGGAUGACCAGCUUGGCUGGAGAAGAGCCGAAUGGACGUAAAGGUGUCUUUGGUCGCUGCGCAUUGAUUGAGACCAGAAUUGCCGGCGGCAAAUGGCUCGUCAUGGAAGAGCAGGUCAAGGGCGCAGGCCCCGGACCCGAAGAAGGCGCCUACAUUGUGGAAAAGAAGAGCAAGUUCAGCUUCACCAAGCGCGGUCGUAUGGGUCGUAAGAAGUCUGAAAACAAGAAGCUCCCGGUCCCCGAGCCAUACGACAGGACGCAGACAGACACUCCCAUGAGCAAGGCCAGCAUCGGACCCGACCAGCACGCCAGGAUCCACGCGGCCGCAACGCGCCUUGCAAGGGAACAAAAGGACCAAGCAGCUGCCGAAGCGGCUCAACGUCGUGGCAGGACCGAGGACCUAUCCACCAAGACUCAAAGCGUCAUGACUCUUCAACCAAUGGUCAUGAACGAAGCCGGUCCCGCCAUGAAGUGGGCUAAGCAGUUCGACAAAGAAGUCAUUCGUGCGCAGUACUUGGGCGACAACUUUGCCGGCAAGGGCAUGUCUAAAGAGAAUCUUUCUGUGAGCAGCCCGACGGCUCCAUCUGCCAAGUCCAACGGCACCAUGUCUACUCACAAACAAGACCUCCCGCCUCUGCCCAAGGACGAGCCGUCGACUCCCAAGCAAGUGCAACGCAAGGCCGUCGGAUCACCCGUCACCCCUCAGGUCCCUGUUGAGGAAGCUGCCAAGGUCCCUCUCCCACCUCAAACCGAGGCCGAGAAGCCACAUCCAGAAAACGAUGUGCAUCCUGCUCUCCGGAAGCCUGCCAAUGACAGAAAGGUCUCUGGUCCGGUGUCAGAGCGGAGGAAGAUGUUCGAGCAGCAGAACGCUCAAAAGUCUCCGCCAAGCCCCGAGGCCAAGAAGGAGCCAAAGAAGCUCAAGAAGCCUGCUGCCAGCCAUGGCGGAUUCAAGAAGUUUUUUGGCAAGAAGAAGGGUGAAUCCUCAAGCCGUUCCGCUACCCCUGAGCCGACCGAACAGCAUGCCCAACCUGAACAAGUCUCCCAGCCUGAACAGGCCCACCAGCCUGCACAGGGUGGCCUCACCGUCCCUGAACAGCCCGGCCUCCUUCGUCGCCUUUCCAACCGUAAGAAGCCAGAGGUCACCGCGCUCGCGGUUGAAGCUCCCGCGCCCUCGGAGCGCCAGCCCGUUCCCAGCAGCAUCAACACCAACGAGCAGCGGGAGGCUGACGAGCAAUUCUCGCGUUUCGAUCAAGGCCCGCUCGAUGAUGUCCCUGCCUUCGUCCCCGAAGACACGGAUGACGAGGAUGAUGAUGAAUUCGAGGAGGCUCCCCAGGCUCAGGCUCCGGCUCCUCCCCGGAACUUCAACACCCGGGCCGCGGCUGCCCUUCAACCCACCCGCAGCGAGGAAGUUUCCGCCGAUGUCUCGCCCGAUGACCAGUCUGAGGCGUCGAUCGACCUGGCGGCACAACAGUCGCCUACUUCGGAUCGCUGGGCUCAGAUCCGUCAGAACGCGGCCGCUCGCGCGGCGCGCAUGAGCGAUGAGCAGCAAAUGACCAGGCCUCGUCGCAGCGAGAGCCAGAGCCAGAGGACCGACGACGGCGAGACGAGCGGCGAGGAGACCAUCGAGAACCGCGUCGCCCGCAUCAAGGCCCGUGUCGCCGAACUCACCGGCAACAUGGACUCCUCCGGAAACAUUGUCACCAAGCAUUAA